AAUUGUUCAAACUCUGCUUCCAGAUGGGAGCCAUUUGGUUGUACUCGGUGGCUCUUCUAAGCAGCAUACUGAGCACUUCUAUUCAAGUGAAAAUUAUCGACAAUGGCUUGGCUCCUCCUGAAAUUGUGCAUUCUCCCGUAUCCGUGAAGCCUCGCUGUGUCAUACGUGCUCCUGCGCUGGACCUGAUAUUCAUUUUGGACAGUUCGGGAUCCUUGAGGGAUAAGUUCCAAGAUGAGAUCGAUGUGAUUCGUCGCAUCAUAAAACACGUAACCAUCGGCGAUACCGCCACCCAUGUGAUGCUCAUCCAGUUCAGUGGAACCCAGCACUUGGAAUUCAAUUUCAACAAAUUCACAAGCCGCGAAGAUCUGCUGGCAGCUCUCGAUGUGCUGCGACAUGUGUCCGGCAUCACCCGCAUCGGUGGAGCUUUUGAGUUUGCGCUCGAAAUUCUGCGAGAUCCCAUUAACGGAAUGAGGGAUGCAAAUGUGCCUAAAAUUCUGUAUUUGCUCUCAGACGGAAGGACACACGACUAUCCAAAAGACUGGGAGAUGGCCGACGUAGUGAGAAAAACAAUACCAAACAUUGAUAUUUGGGCAUACGGUACAGGAGAGUAUGUCGCUACACCGGCUCUUGUGAACUAUACUCGGGAUGCAUCGAAAAUAGUGACGAAUGCAAAUUUGAACAGACUAGAACCUCAAUUCGAUCCCUUCCACGGCGUUGAAAUUUGCGAAACGAUUCCGACAUGCGUGAAAGGCUCAGACAAGCCCUUGGAUCUGGUCUUGGUGAUAGAUGCAUCCGAAUCACUUUAUCAGUUGUUCAAAGAACAAGUGCGAUUUGCCAUAGAACGCAUCGUGAACAACAUCCAUAUCCAUCCCGAAGCUGUGAGAAUGGCGCUGAUAACGUACUCCGGAAUGACGUUCACACAUUUCAAGUUCAACAGUCGAGAAUUCGGGAACAACACAUCAGUUAUCAACCAUCUUAACACCCUACGUUCCAUAAAGGGAACAACAUCUACAGAUUUGGCUUUGCAAGAGGCUUUUACUUUGCUCAAGUCGCAGAACCCCAACGAUGGAAUUCGUCCCGGCAUACCGAAGUUGGUGAUUGUCUUGACUGAUGGGCAUUCUGCACGGUCACCUAAGGAAAUAGCGGAUGCUAUGCGAGCUCAAGGUAUCACCCUGAUAGCUGUCAGUGUCACUCCCAGACCGUAUGUAGAUGAAGCCGAGCUCUUGCAAAUUGCUGGUGAUCAAUCUCGAGUCUUCACUCCACGAAACGCUCACGAGUUUGAAGCAGAGUUGAUGAAACACGUCGGCUUUGGCUGUGAAGGUCUAGAGCUAGGCCCAGAUGCCAAACCUCGCGUGCGUGGAGCCACAGACGUCACGUGCAAUGCAAAUUCCAUGUCACUAACUGUUCGAACUCAACGUCCGAUGCAUGGCUUGAUGUAUGCUCAGAAUUACCACGAUACCCCUGCAUGUACCCUGGCCAGCGAUGGAUCGUCACGUGAAUUGACUAUCACGUUUAGAGAUGGUGAAUGUGGGCUCUAUAAGACACCCUCACAGAACCGCGAUGGAUACAAUUUCAACAUAACAGUGAUCUUACAGUUUCAUCCUCUCAUCAUUACCAGAGCAGAUCAGGGCUUAGACAUCAACUGCUUCUUUGCUCAACCUCUUACCCCGCAAGAAGUAGGACGAGUUGCCAAGAGUAUUGGUGACACCGAUUGCAGCUAUCGUAUACACAGAUACAGCCCAUCGCAAUGCGUUGCUCUAGACGCAAAAGUUGGUGAAACCCUUUAUCACAAGUGGCAAUGCGAUAGCCCGCCAACGUACAAGUACCUUGUCCAUGACUGCUAUGUAAAAUCUGAGAGAAGCUCUGUCCAGAUUCUUGAUAGCCAAGGGUGUGAAAUUGACCAUCAUUUUCUUGAAACACCCAACUAUUCUCGUUUCGGUAAGCAAGGAAUGGAUGCGUAUGUGUAUCAGGAAAUGUCCGUCUUCAAAUUUCCUGGAGAAGGCAAUAUUGUAUUCCAAUGCAAAAUCUCGCUUUGUGACAUGGAGAGUGGAUCAGCAUGUAUUUCUCAAGUGCCACCUCAAUGCGCGCGAAAGAGAACCGUAUUAGCUUUCCGAGAAAAGCGAUCAGCCGACGCAGUGCUCGGCGCUCAUCCAUUGCUGACUGUGGACGACACAGCCGAGCUGGGUGUUCCAUCUUCUGGAAGAUCUCGGCGGAAUGUCGCUCCAACCAAAAAGGACUUCGUACUUACUCUGGAUGUCGAAACCCGGAUGAUCAAUGUAUUGCUCAAUGAGAACAUUCGUCCGGAGAACUCCGUGAAGUACUGCGACGUAUUUUUGUAA